AAUACGUUCACCCGUGAAAUUUAUAACGUUUAAAUGUGUUUCACUUCCUCGUUCAUUCAAAAAGAAAAUACCAGCCAAAAUGGGUAACAAUCAAUCCGAACACUCCCCUCAUCGGAGUGAACAAAGGUCAACAUUUUACACUCCAUCAACCGAAGGUGGUGAAAAGGAAAAUCAAUGUGAUGACGGCUUGCUUGAGACGGUGGAAACUGAAUUGGACCAUAUUAAUUCAACCAUUAAAGAAAUCAAAUGUAAAACUCCGGAUGAAAUUAAACAACAACUACAUACACUAUUGGUUGACACGGAAAAGAAAUUAAGACAUGUUAACAAUGAGAAAAAGAAAUGGCAUGUGAAAAAUCCCUUCAAACAUAAGGAAGCAAUUUGUUCUGAUAAUGAUUCGCAGCUAAAGGAGGAAAAUGUCAAGUUGAGACAAGAAAUAGAAAACUUAAAGAAGUUACGUUUAGAAAACAAGGAUAAACUUAUGGAGGAGGAAAUGAAAAAAGAGGAAUUGCUUCUGCGUAAGGUGGCGGACGAGAAAUCGACAAAAGACAACCCGGCAAUUCCUGAUUUUUCUGAUUCAAACCGACCAACUAAACUCGAUGAAGUUUACAGUGAACUUUACGACAACGAAUGGACGGACGCUUUUGAUGGGCUUACGGGUGGAGGACAUGAUGAUGAGGAAGCAAUUUCUACACUUCAUCUGACAUUACUGAACGUUUAUGAUUUCUGCAAGAAAAAAGCUCAAACUAUGCUGACUAAAACGGAUGAUGCGGUCAACUACUUGUUUGAAGAAUACAAGCUUUUACAAGAUAAUCCAGGAACAAAUGACGCCAGUGUUACAACGAUGCAAAAGAAAAGGCUUUCAAACAUGCAAAAAUCAGACUUCAGUGAAGGUGGUGAAGAAGACAAUUUUGAGCUGACUGAAAAAUGGAGGUACAAAAAAGAUAAUGGAACUGGUACAGAAAACGUUCGGGCAUCAAUGGCGCUUCAGCGAUUUGAGGCCAUACUGGAUAAACUGAAGGUUUUUCAGAAGGAAGUUGCCGAAAUCAUGGUGCCUGUUGUUCAAAAGGCUUACUUCAAAGCAAGCUGGAGGAACGAUGAAUUUGUACCUGCUUUGAAGCCAUUCAUUAGAAAAUGUAUAUAUGUUUGUUGGAUGAUGGUAGUCCAGUCACUACCUAUGUGUAUACAUGUUAUUGACGUUAACGAACAGGACAAAUUUGACAAAAACCUGUACAGAGAGUACACAACAAGUGGGUCACACAUUAAAUAUAUUGUUUGGCCAGCAAUGCUGUUACAUGAAAACGGUCCUGUAGUCUGCAAAGGUAUUGCGCAAGGUUGUGACCAAGUUUGCAGUGCAAAUGACCCCCAAAGCGCAUCAGAUGUUUAAACAAUAUCAAUAUAAAUGUACUUGUACCUGCUUAUGGAAGAAAUAUUGUCAAUCAUUUCUUAAAAAAUGUUAUAUACAUUAUGGGGAAGCCGCUUUCAACAAAGUUUUUACGCACACAGUUUUCAUGCUAAGACUUCGAGUAAUGUAUCAAAAGAUUGAUUGCAAGUUUUAUAUUCCACCUUUAAAUUUGAAGUGUAUUUAUAUUACCUAACAACACAUUUGAAACUAAUACUGUACAUUUUACUUAAUGACAUUUUUUCUGUAUUACACGGGAACUGUCUUUUAAAUACUAGAAUAUACUUGAAACCCUGCAUUAUUUUAUAAAUCUAUGCUAAAAGAUAUAUAACUGUAAUUUUGUUAACAUGAUUUACGAGGCCAUUAUUUGUCAUGAAUAUUUAAAACUCCCAUUGGGAGUAAGCGUCAGAUUAACUAAAGAAGAAACUGGCUCUGACUGAUGAUCUUUUAAGUGUGUCUCCAGCUGAUAAAUGGAUCAUUCAUUGUAGACAUCAUAUUUUCCUUUUAAAAGAAGGGAAUGUGAAAGCUUUAUCCACUUUUUUUUUGCUUUCCACUGUAUUGCCUUUAAUUAUAUUCUAAAUUUUCAUACUUAAUUUCAUCAUGUAGUAUUGUACUAC